AUGGCAAAAUUUUUCAGUUUGAUCAAGCAAUUGGAUAUCUCCAUUCCUUUGCUUGAUGCAGUCACUGAGAUUCCUUCGUAUGCUAAGUUUUUAAAAGAAAUUUUAUCCAACAAGAGGAGAUCUGAGGAUCGUGAAACAGUAGCAGUCAGUGAAGAAUGUAGUGCCUUAAUUCAAAACAAGCUUCUUCCAAAGCUUAGGGAUCCUGGGAGUUUCUCUAUCCCUUGUGUUAUUGGAGGAUCACUUGUUCAAAGAGCCUUAUGUGAUUUAGGGGCAAGUGUGAGUUUGAUGCCCUAUUCUUUGUGCCAAAAGCUACAACUUGGAGAGCCAAAACCUACAUCCAUGACUCUUCAGUUGGCAGACAGAUCAGUGAAGUAUCCUAUCGGAAUCCUUGAAGACGUGCCAGUAAAGAUUGACAAAUUCUACAUUCUAGGAGACUUCGUGGUGUUAGAGAUGGAAGAAGAUGCUAAAGUUCCUAUUAUCCUUGGGAGACCGUUCUUGGCAACAGCUGGAGCUAUGAUUAAUGUCAAACAGGGAACCUUAGUACUUGAAAUUGGAGAUGAUAAAGUUGAAUUUAAUGUUUUUGAAUUGGCUAACAAAUCUUCUUGUCUUGAUGCUUGUUUCUAUGUAGAUGAAAUUGACUCAUGUGUUGCAGCUUAUGAGAGAGGUAAAUGGAUCUCUAAUGAUCCUUUACGACUCGAAAGUGAAGACACUACAGAGAAUAGACACUUGGAUGAUGACACGAAUGGUGGAGAAUCACAGGAAACACCACUAAUGUCUAUUGCCUGUAGCCUUGAGGAAAAGGAACCACCACAGGUAGAAUUAAAACAUUUACCAACAAAUUUGAGGUAUGAUUAUCUUGGUCCAAAUUCUACCUACCCAGUGAUUGUGAGUGCUCAUUUGAAAAAUGAUGAAACAGAGAAAUUAUUAAAUGUGUUGAGAAAAUAUAAGAAAAUCAUUGGGUACACUAUUGAUGAUAUUGUUGGAAUUAGUGUCUCUUACUGCAUGCACAAGAUUAAUUUAGAGGAUGGGCAUAGAUUCAGUGUUGAGCACCAACGUAGGUUGAACCCUAUGAUGCAGGAGGUUGUGAAGAAAGAGAUCCUAAAAUUGUUGAAGGCUGGGCAACUGUAG